UUCAGCAGUGGAAGCAUUUUUAACGUUUGAAAUCUUUGUGCUUUUUUGAUUUGCAGAGAGAUGAAAUAUAAUCCAGGAGUGUCUCUGUGAGUAAAAACCCUCAGCAGGACUGCAGACAUGGAUCCAUUCAAACAACAGAGAGUGGAGGACUUCUAUGAAAUCGGUGAAGAGCUGGGAAGCGGACAGUUUGCCAUCGUGAAGCAAUGCAGAGAGAAAAGCACGGGUCGGGAAUUCGCCGCCAAGUUCAUCAAGAAGCGUCAGAGCAUGGCGAGCUCUCGAGGCGUGAGGCGGGAGGAGAUCGAGCGGGAGGUGGAAAUCCUGCAGCAGAUCCAGCACCCCAACAUCGUCACGCUGCACGACGUCUACGAGAACCGCACCGACGUGGUGCUCAUCCUGGAGCUGGUCUCUGGAGGGGAGCUGUUUGACUUCCUGGCUCAGAAAGAGUCUCUGAGCGAAGAAGAGGCCACACAGUUCAUCAAACAGAUCCUGGAGGGGGUCAACUACCUGCACGCCAGGAAGAUCGCUCACUUUGACCUCAAGCCGGAGAACAUCAUGCUGCUGGACAAAAACGUGCCGCUGCCCAGAAUCAAACUCAUCGAUUUCGGCCUGGCGCACAAGAUCGAGACCGGGGUGGAGUUCAAAAACAUCUUUGGGACACCAGAGUUUGUAGCUCCAGAGAUCGUGAACUACGAGCCGCUCGGACUGGAGGCCGACAUGUGGAGCAUCGGAGUCAUCACCUACAUCCUGCUGAGCGGAGCCUCACCUUUCCUGGGAGAGACCAAACAGGACACUCUGGGGAACAUCUCCGCCAUCAACUACGAGUUUGACGAGGAGUUCUUCUGUCACACCAGCGAGCUCGCCAAGAAGUUCAUCAGCCAGCUGCUGGAGAAGGAUAAGAAGAAGAGAUUAACCAUUCAAGAUGCUUUGAAUCACCCGUGGAUCAAGUCUAACGAGCACAAAGAGGAGAAUAAAACUCAGGAGCCGAAGAAGCGGGAGCGCCGCCAGCUGAAGACGAAGCGUCUGAGGGAGUACACCAUCAAGUCUCACUCCAGCAUGCCGCCCAACAACACCUAUGUGAACUUUGAGCGCUUCGCCCAGGUGGUGGAGGACAUCGACCAGAUGGAGAGCUCCUUCGUUGGCCUGGCGGCCGCUCACGACUCUCUGCAGGAAGACAUCGACGCCAUGGUGUCCGUCUACAACGAGAAGGAGGCCUGGUACAAGGAGGAGAGCGAAGGAGUGCGUCACGAGCUCUCUCAGAUCCGCUACGAGUUCAGGAAGGUGGAGGCCUUCAAGAGGAACCUGCAGGACGACAUGCAGGCCUUCAGCUCCACCCUCGGAGCCGUCAGCAGCCGCUACCAGGAGAGACAGAACCACUUCGACGCUCUGCGCCUGGAGCUCAGCAACGAGCUGAAGUGGGUGCAGGAGGUGAUGGGGUCGUUCCCCCUGGACGGAGGAGGAGGAGGAGGAGGAGGAGGAGGAGGAGGAGGAGGGGGAGGAGGAGGGGGAGGAGGAGGGUACUCCAACUGCAGCUUCUCCACCGUCUUCAACAACGACGUGAACGAAGCCCUGAAGGAGCUGCUGAACCGUUCCUGUGGAGGAGAGCUGCUGGCAGGGAUCAACCUGGACUUUGAGUCCGGACAGCAGAGAUAAUGCUUCUCAGUGUAUUUAAAGAGAAGUGAAACACAGCAGAGAUAAUGCUUCUCAGUGUAUUUAAAGAGAAGUGAAACACAGCAGAGAUAAUGCUUCUCAGUGUAUUUAAAGAGAAGUGAAACACAGCAGAGAUAAUGCUUCUCAGUGUAUUUAAAGAGAAGUGAAACACAGCAGAGAUAAUGCUUCUCAGUGUAUUUAAAGAGAAGUGAAACACAGCAGAGAUAAUGCUUCUCAGUGUAUUUAGAGAGAAGUGAAACACAGCAGAGAUAAUGCUUCUCAGUGUAUUUAAAGAGAAGUGAAACACAGCAGAGAUAAUGCUUCUCAGUGUAUUUAAAGAGAAGUGAAACACAGCAGAGAUAAUGCUUCUCAGUGUAUUUAAAGAGAAGUGAAACACAGCAGAGAUAAUGCUUCUCAGUGUAUUUAAAGAGAAGUGAAACACAGCAGAGAUAAUGCUUCUCAGUGUAUUUAAAGAGAAGUGAAACACAGCAGAGAUAAUGCUUCUCAGUGUAUUUAAAGAGAAGUGAAACACAGCAGAGAUAAUGCUUCUCAGUGUAUUUAGAGAGAAGUGAAACACAGCAGAGAUAAUGCUUCUCAGUGUAUUUAAAGAGAAGUGAAACACAGCAGAGAGAGGGGAAGAGGAAAGUCACAGGAGGACUGAGGACGGCCCGCCAGAGAAAGAUGGAGCAAAGACAAAGAGCUAACGUCUGCCACAGAGUGCAGUGUGUAUGAAACACGAGUCAGUCUGUCCAGCUGUGUGAAGACAAAGACAGAUGAUGGCUCUUCUGUUUGAGUAUUUUGUCUAUAAGACCUUUAUAAAGACAGUUUAUAACAUUUA